AUGACACGGUUGUCAUCCUUGACUACUACUACAGGCCUCAUUGUCGUCGGAGGCGCAUUAGUAUUUGCUGCUGGGGUUAUAGGCUCUCUAAAGAAUAAAGUGAGGGCACUAGAGGAAUUGCUAGCACAUGAGACUGAGAAGAGGUUAGCUGAGAGGACAGGUAGGAUAAGAGCAGAGAAAAGGCUUGAGGAAGGCCUUACACAACAAGGCUGUAGUAGUGAUGAAAAUGAUGAGGAAGAUCGUAGACUUGACUACCCUAUGUAUACGUUGGGUACCUGUCGUAGCUGUUUCCCAAGACGUAACGGUACACCUCGACAGAGUGGUAUAGCAGAUAUAGCUAAAGGUGUUAUAGAGAUACGCCCAGCAGCUAACCCUAGUAGCUGUUUACAAGGUCUACAGGGGUACUCCCAUGUAUGGGUUAUAUACGUAUUCCACUUGAAUACCAAUCUUGCUAAGAGAUCCUCUAACUUCAAUGGUCUCAAGGGAUUAGUCUCUCCUCCACGUAACCAUAGUGGGGCUAAGGUAGGCUCAUUAGCAUGUAGAAGCCCACAUAGGCCCAACCCAAUAGGCCUCACCCUAUGCCGUAUACAUGAUGUUGAUGUCAAUAAGGGUACGGUUACUAUAUCGGGUUUAGACGUGGUUGAUGGUACCCCUAUACUCGACUUGAAGCCAUACCUUCCUAUGACCGAAUGCAACCCGAUGGCCACUGUACCAUCUUGGGUAGAGACUAGUUAUGAAGAGAAUGAUCGGUUGCUAGUGGUAUGGGAAUGUGAUCGUAAAGUACCGCAAGAUGCCGGAGCAUACGUCCAUAUGUCGGAGGAGGAAGUACUGACUCUAAUAGAUAGUGUAGUGAACGAUGCUAUUAUAUUGGCAUGCUAUGCUAAUGAUAUAGGUGUUAUCCCUUGA